GAUACCAUCCCCGCAAGAUGGGAGGGGGUGCCUGGGCGUGCUGGACUCUACAGGGGCAGGGCUGGGCCCUUCUCCCCCACCUAUACCCCAGGACCAGCAGGUGCCAGGCGGCCGGUGGGAAACUGAGAGCCCUGGCUGUGGCCAGGGGGCAGUGGGCCAUGCCGGGGGCAGUGGAAGGCCCCAGCUGGAAGCAGGUGGAGGACAUUGGGGACAUUUACAACUUCCGUGAUGUUCUGGGAACAGGGGCCUUCUCGGAGGUAAUCCUGGCAGAAGAUAAGAGGACUCAGAAGCUGGUGGCCAUCAAAUGUAUCGCCAAGAAGGCUCUGGAGGGCAAGGAGGGCAGCAUGCAGAAUGAGAUUGCUGUCCUGCACAAGAUCAAGCACCCCAACAUUGUAGCCCUGGAUGACAUCUAUGAAAGUGGGGGACACCUCUAUCUCAUCAUGCAGCUGGUGUCAGGUGGGGAGCUGUUUGACCGAAUUGUGGAAAAAGGCUUCUACACAGAGCGGGACGCCAGCCGCCUCAUCUUCCAGGUGCUGGAUGCCGUCAAGUACCUGCACAACCUGGGCAUCGUACACCGAGACCUCAAGCCAGAGAAUCUGCUGUACUACAGCCUGGAUGAAGACUCCAAGAUCAUGAUCUCCGACUUUGGCCUCUCCAAGAUGGAAGACCCUGGCAGCGUGCUCUCCACAGCCUGCGGGACCCCAGGAUACGUGGCCCCUGAAGUGCUGGCCCAGAAGCCCUACAGCAAGGCAGUGGAUUGCUGGUCCAUUGGGGUCAUUGCCUAUAUCCUGCUCUGUGGUUAUCCCCCCUUCUAUGACGAGAAUGACGCCAAACUCUUUGAACAGAUUUUGAAGGCCGAGUACGAGUUUGACUCUCCUUAUUGGGACGACAUCUCUGACUCUGCCAAAGACUUCAUCCGGCACUUGAUGGAGAAGGAUCCAGAGAAGAGGUUCACCUGUGAACAGGCCUUGCAGCACCCCUGGAUUGCAGGAGAUACGGCUCUAGAUAAGAAUAUUCACCAGUCGGUGAGCGAGCAGAUCAAGAAGAACUUUGCCAAGAGCAAGUGGAAGCAAGCCUUCAAUGCCACGGCCGUGGUGCGGCACAUGAGGAAGCUACAGCUGGGCACCAGCCAGGAGGGGCAGGGACAGGUGGCGAGCCACGGGGACCUGCUGGCACCAGCAGCUGGGGGGCCGGUGGCCAGCUGCUGCUGUCGAGACUGCUGCGUGGAGCCGGGCCCGGAACUGUCUCCCACGCUGGCCCCCCAGCUCUAGGGGCCUGGAUCCCCUGUGUAGGAGGGGUUGGGGGCAGCCUGCUCCCGCUCCCUACCUGAACUGGGGAGUUACCCUGCUCCACCCGCUCCGCACUCCUUUCCCUACAGCCCCUCCACUGCAUUUUCCAUACAAAUGUUUCUAUUUUAUUGUUCCUUCUUAUAAUAAAGGGAAGAGGUUAAAACCA